UUCUCUGCUGUCUUAGUUCACCUAGAUCCGCUCCAACCCUCAACCACGCGAGUUCCUGUGCUGUCACUGCGACUCAUGGAGAAACCAUCUGUUCUCAACUAUCACAAGGAGACAAACUUUGAGGAGUUUAAAUAAAGAAACACCUGCAGACAUGAGGUUUUGGGGAGGCGGAGGAGGAGGAGGAGCGGCGCUCCUGAUGCUGCUGCUCGGCCGCUGCUGCUGCACCAGUCCCGACAGGAAAGUGUGUCAGGGAAUGAGUAACCAGCUGACAUUGUUGGGGACCCAUGAUAAUCACUAUGACAACAUGGUGAGGAUGUACUCCAACUGCUCCGUGGUCCUGGAGAACCUGGAGAUCACCUACACCCGGGAGCACCAGGACCUGUCCUUCCUCCAGUCCAUCCAGGAAGUUGGCGGCUACAUUCUGAUCGCCAUGAACGAGGCUGCCAACAUCCCGUUGGUCAAUCUGAGGCUGAUCCGAGGCCAGAACCUCUACGAAAACCAAUACGCUCUGCUGGUGAUAUCCAACUACAACAGGAACACCUCUUCUGCAACUCUCAACUACACCAGUGGGCUGAGACAGCUGCAGCUCAGCAGCCUGACGGAGAUUCUGAAGGGAGGGGUAAAGAUGACCCACAAUCCUUUGCUGUGUAACACUGAAACCAUCCAGUGGUGGGACAUCCUGGACAAAGCCAGCAAUCCCAGCAUGCUUUUCAAGACGGAAACCUUCACACGUAAAUGUGAGAAGUGUGAUCCUGGCUGUGUAAACGGUUCGUGUUGGGCAGCAGGACCGGAUCACUGUCAGAGAUUCACAAAGUUGCAGUGCGCGGAGCAGUGCAGCAGAAGGUGUCGCGGUCCAAAGCCCAUCGACUGCUGUAAUGAACACUGUGCUGCUGGCUGCACAGGACCUCGAGCCACCGAUUGCCUGGCCUGCAGGGAUUUUAAUGAUGAUGGAACCUGUAAAGAUGCUUGUCCUCCUCUGACACUCUAUGACCCCAAAACCCACCAGGUGGUCAACAACCCCAACGCCAAGUUCACCUUUGGGGCAACCUGUUUCAAGGCCUGCCCACAUAAUUACGUGGUGACAGGUGGAUCAUGUGUUCGUACCUGCAGCGCUGGAAUGUACGAGGUGGAGGAGAACGGAGUCCAACGCUGCAAAGCAUGUGAAGGUCCCUGUCCUAAAGCCUGUGACGGAGUCGGCAUUGGCACUCUGAUCAACACCAUGGCUGUCAACGCCUCAAAUAUUGAAUCCUUCCGGAACUGCACAAAGAUAAAUGGGGACGUCUCCCUCAUUGAAACCUCUUUCACUGGCGACGCACACUAUAAAAUCCCACCCAUGGACCCGGCUAAACUGGAGUACUUCAGGACAGUGAAGGAAAUCACAGGUUUCCUGCUGAUCCAGUCCUGGCCAGAGAAUCUGACCUCUCUGUCAGUGUUUGAGAACCUGGAGAUCAUCAGAGGAAGAACAACACGAGCUCAGCACAGUUUGGCGGUAGUGAGGGCAAAGCACCUCCGCUGGCUGGGCCUGCGCUCUCUGAAGGAGGUGAGUGCUGGCCGGGUGAUGAUAAAGGACAACUCUCAGCUCUGCUACACUGGGCCCGACCAGUGGACCCGCCUCUUCAGAUCCAACGACCAGACCACCAGCAUGCGCAACAACGCCCCCCCCGAAGUCUGUGAACAACAGAAUCAAACCUGUGACCUGGAAUGUACAGAUGAUGGCUGCUGGGGUCCAGGUCCUACCAUGUGUGUGUCCUGUCGCCAUUUCAACCGGUGGGGGCGCUGUGUGGCAUUCUGUAACCUGCUGCAGGGCGAGCCCAGAGAGGUGGAGGUGAACGGCAGCUGUGUCAAGUGUCACCCGGAGUGUCUGCUGCAGAGAGGGACCCCAGCCUGCCAUGGACCGGGGAAAAACCAGUGCUCCCAGUGCGCCCAUUUUAAAGACGGCCCCCACUGCGUGCCACGCUGCCCCCAUGGUGUGCUGGGAGACAGAGACAUGCUGAUCUGGAAAUACCCUGACAGGACAGGCCAGUGCCAGCCCUGCCACCAGAACUGCACCCAGGGGUGUUCAGGUGCUGGACUCUCUGGAUGCACCGGUGCUGCCACCCACUCCAUGUUGGCGGUGGGCGUGGUUGGUGGGCUCUUGAUUGCUGUCAUUGUGUCAUUGGUUAUCUUUGUGCUGCUGCGGCGACAGCAAAUAAGGCGGAAGAGAACACUGCGCCGUCUGCUGCAGGAGAGAGAGCUGGUGGAGCCCUUGACUCCGAGCGGUGAAGCUCCUAAUCAGGCGCUGCUGAGGAUCCUGAAGGAGACAGAGUUUAAGAAAAUCAGGGUGCUCGGCUCUGGGGCCUUCGGGACUGUCUUCAAGGGUCUGUGGAUUCCUGAAGGAGAAAAUGUGAGGAUCCCAGUAGCCAUCAAAGUUCUCCGAGAGGCCACAUCACCUAAAGCCAACAAAGAAAUCCUGGAUGAGGCGUAUGUGAUGGCAAGCGUGGAUCACCCUCAUGUGUGUCGUCUUCUGGGAAUCUGCCUGACGUCGUCAGUCCAGCUGGUGACUCAGCUGAUGCAGUAUGGCUGCUUGCUGGACUACGUCCGGCAUCACAGGGAACACAUCGGCGCUCAGUGGCUGCUCAACUGGUGUGUCCAGAUAGCUAAGGGCAUGAACUACCUGGAGGAACGUCACCUGGUUCAUCGAGACCUGGCAGCGAGGAAUGUCUUGGUGAAAACGCCAAACCACGUCAAGAUCACCGACUUUGGCCUUGCCAAGCUGCUGACAGCCAAUGAGAAGGAAUACCACGCUGAUGGAGGAAAAGUGUGUUUGUUAUCCAUAUAAUUGUAUAUACAGUAU